AUGUCUACGCCGCCGCUGCUGGAUCAACAGCCACCGCCUAUGGUGGUGACGCAGCAAGAGUACACAACCCAUUCGGGUCACGGGUCGUUCGGGCCUGUUAUUGCUGUGCUUGCAGUGAUAACGAUUCUGGGAGUGAUAGCUGGCAUGAUAGGGAGGCUGUGUUCGGGUCGUCGGGUCAUGGGUCGUAGAGAGUACGAUUUUGAAAGUUGGGUUGAAAGGAAAUGCUCUUCUUGUCUUGAUGGUAACAUCGACCCGCAUCCUACUCGACCUGAAAUCCCUGUGGCGGAGCCGGUGGCACAAGAGGCACCACCUCAAGAGAUAAAGGAAGAAGAAGAAGAAGAAGAACAGAAGUCUCAUGGAGCACAGCCAAAGUAA